UACGAUUGGUGCGAUGUAGCCUAGCAAAACCCUUCUUCAGAGAGAGGGAGAAAUGGCGAUGGAAACUAUGUGGAUUGUGGCCUGAAAGUUUCAGCAUCAAAUAAAUCGCCCUACGUAAGCCAAAAAGACGAAGCACAACCCAAUAGCUCACACUUAGCUCUUCUUCUAUUCUGUUAUACUCCUCAAUUUCUCCGCCUUCUCUCAUUUUCUUUCGCUGUUUGCUCUUUAUAAAUUCAAUCUCUUUUUCUCUCCAUCUUCCCAUCUCUCUAUCUUUCUCUGAUCUCUUGCUUAGUUUUUUGCUAAAAGGCAGGAGAGAAAGGCACAUAUGGCUACAGUUUUCCAAGGAUUAGGAACUGCAACGGCUUUAACAGCUUCCAAUUCCUUCGAUUCGAAGAAAUUGCAGCUCCCCGCUCGUAGAUCCUUGUCAGAGAGGAAAGCGAGCUUCUUUGUGGUCAGAUCUGAUGGGAGCAUGAACUUGAACUUAGAUUCUAAUUCGGGAAGUCGCAGGGCCGAGCAGUUGAUUACCAAUGCUGUUGCAACAAAGGCUGAUAGUUCUGCAGCUUCAACCGCUUCUAAAUCGGGACAUGAACUUCUACUCUUUGAGGCACUAAGAGAAGGCUUGGAAGAAGAAAUGGAUAGAGAUCCCAAUGUUUGUGUCAUGGGUGAAGAUGUGGGUCAUUAUGGAGGUUCGUAUAAGGUGACAAAAGGCCUGGCUACAAAAUAUGGGGAUCUCAGAGUUCUUGACACCCCUAUUGCUGAGAACUCCUUCACUGGUAUGGGCAUUGGAGCUGCUAUGACUGGCUUGAGGCCAGUUGUUGAGGGUAUGAACAUGGGUUUUCUUCUCCUAGCUUUCAACCAGAUCUCAAACAAUUGCGGCAUGCUUCACUACACAUCCGGUGGCCAAUUUAAAAUACCAAUAGUCAUCCGUGGACCUGGUGGAGUAGGUCGGCAACUUGGAGCUGAGCACUCACAACGCCUUGAAUCAUAUUUUCAAUCAAUUCCCGGAAUCCAAAUGGUUGCAUGCUCGACGCCUUAUAAUGCCAAGGGCUUGAUGAAAGCUGCAAUUCGAAGUGAGAACCCAGUCAUACUUUUUGAGCAUGUCUUGCUUUACAACCUCAAAGAGAGAAUUCCUGAUGAAGAAUACAUCUGUAAUCUUGAGGAAGCUGAGAUGGUUAGGCCUGGAGAGCAUGUAACAAUUUUAACCUACUCAAGGAUGAGAUAUCAUGUGAUGCAAGCUGCCAAAACUUUAGUGAACAAGGGAUAUGAUCCUGAAGUUAUUGAUAUCAGAUCGCUGAAACCAUUUGAUCUCUACACAAUUGGAAAUUCAGUGAAGAAAACACAUCGUGUGCUGAUUGUUGAGGAAUGCAUGAGGACUGGUGGCAUUGGUGCUAGCUUGACGGCAGCUAUCACUGAAAAUUUCAAUGACUAUUUGGAUGCUCCUAUUGUAUGCUUAUCUUCACAGGAUGUGCCAACCCCUUAUGCCGGGACAUUGGAAGAGUGGACUGUGGUUCAACCUGCCCAGAUUGUGACAGCGGUUGAGCAGCUGUGCCAGUAAUUACAGUAGUAGCAUAAAUAGACCUCACCUAUAUGUAACUUAAUUUAUGCAAUGGAUUCAAGGUAGAUAUUGAAAUCACCAUCUCUAUCAUUAGGUUUGUCUGUCAAAGAUAAGAUUAUGUAACUCUACUCUAAUAUGUGUUGGGGAAAUAUAUGGUUAAAUAACUGAACAAGGCUAUUUCAGCCAUUUAUUUAGUUUUUUCCCUCCUUUUCAUUCAGGAGUUUCUGUUAUUACUUCUUUGUGUAGACUUGACUAAGUUGAAUUCAAGUGUUCAUGGUUAGUAUAGUGUUCUUGUUAACAUGAUGGUAACUCAUUUUUACAGAAUUUGAUUGGCAAAAUGAGUUUUAUUUGAUUGUAA